AAGUCCAAAUAUCCCAAAUAACUCUCCUUCAGACUUCAGUGUGACUUCCUCUAUAAAUAAGCCUCCUCUACACAAAUAUCCCAAAUAACUCUCCUAUAAAUAAGCCACAAAUAUCCCAAAUAACUCUCCUUCAGACUUCAUCAGUUACGUUCAGUGUGACUUCCCACACUUCCCAAUAAAACACUCCUUCAGUUCAGUUUAAUGUGAUUUCCCCUUCAGCUAGGUUCAGUUUUCUUGUUCCCAAAAAAAACUCAUAAUUAAACCACCAUAAAAUUUAUGCGAUAAAAAAUGCCGGUGAACAUAACCUCCAUCAAAACAUCCUCCAAUGGAGUUUGGCAAGGAGAUAAUCCCCUCGAUUACGCUUUCCCUCUCCUCAUCGUUCAAAUCACUGUAGUCCUCUUUGUUAGCCGCUCCCUCGCUCUCCUCUUCAAACCUCUCCGCCAACCCAAAGUCAUUGCUGAGAUUGUCGGUGGAAUUCUGUUAGGUCCAUCAGCACUUGGAAGGAACAAAAGCUAUUUGCACCGCAUAUUUCCGUCAUGGAGUACACCAACGCUAGAAUCCGUUGCAAGCAUUGGUCUUCUCUUCUUCCUCUUCCUCGUUGGUCUCGAAUUAGAUCUCAAUUCCAUUCGCCGUAGCGGUAAAAGAGCAUUCAGCAUAGCAGCUUGCGGAAUCUCCCUUCCAUUCGUCUCCGGCAUCGGCGUUGCAAUCGUCCUCCGCAAAACCGUCGAUGGAGCCGAUAAAGUCGGAUUCGCUCAAUUUCUCGUUUUCAUGGGAGUCGCGCUUUCAAUAACCGCAUUUCCAGUUCUGGCACGAAUCCUCGCUGAACUCAAACUCCUAACAACGCGCGUGGGCGAAACAGCGAUGGCAGCAGCAGCAUUCAACGACUUAGCCGCGUGGAUUUUACUCGCUUUAGCAAUCGCAUUAGCUGGAAAUGGCGCUGACGGUGGUGACAGUAAAAGCCCUCUGGUUUCCGUUUGGGUUCUUCUGUCAGGAGCCGGCUUCGUUGCUUUCAUGAUGGUUGUUAUAAGUCCGGUAAUGAAGCGCGUGGCUCAAAGAUGCUCAGCGGAAAAUGAAGCCGUUAACGAAGUUUAUAUAUGUUUGACUCUAGCGUGUGUAAUGGUUUCAGGAUUCGUAACGGACUUCAUAGGGAUUCACUCAAUAUUCGGGGCAUUUGUUUUUGGGUUGACUAUUCCGAAGAGUGGGAAUUUUGCGGAGAGGUUGAUAGAGAGAAUAGAGGAUUUUGUUUUGGGUUUGUUACUUCCACUUUACUUUGCUUCGAGUGGGUUGAAAACUAAUGUGACUAAAGUUUUGAACGACGAAAUAUUUGCAAUCUUGGUACUCAUGGCUCUGUUCACAACCUUCAUCACAACCCCACUAGUGAUGGCAAUCUAUAAACCAGCUCGUGGCAUCGCAACAAAAACUAUCCGCAAACUAGGUGACAUGUCCUCACAUUCUAAAGACAAAAACGUUGUGGAUCAGCUUCGUGUCCUAGCAUGUAUCCACGGUCCAAGCAACAUUCCCUCAAUUAUCAGCCUCAUUGAAUCAACUCGUAGCACAAAAACUUCCCUCCUCAAAGUCUUUAUCAUGCACCUUGUUGAGCUCACCGAACGUUCAUCUUCAAUCAUCAUGGUUCAACGCGCUCGCAAAAACGGUUUUCCUUUCUUCAACCGGUUUAACCGCGACCAAUGGUAUAACCGUCUUGCUGGGGCUUUUCAGGGCUAUAGUCAAUUGGGCCGGGUCAUAGUCCGGUCCACUACGGCAAUCUCAUCUCUAUCCACAAUGCAUGAGGAUAUAUGCCACGUGGCGGAGGAAAAAAGAGUGACAAUGAUCAUUUUACCCUUCCACAAACAUUGGAGAAUGGAAGUGGAUGAGGAAAAUGAAAAUGAGGAACAUGAGGUGUUGGAAAAUGCUGGGCAUGAGUGGAGAGCUGUAAACCAAAGGCUACUUAAGAAUGCUCCUUGUUCUGUGGGCGUGCUUGUUGAUAGAGGAUAUGGGCUUGAGUCGAAGAAUGUGGGCCCAGAUGGAACUGUAACCCAACGGAUAUGUAUUGUGUUUUUUGGUGGGCCUGAUGAUCGUGAGGCUUUAGAGUUGGGGAAGAAAAUGGCUGAGCAUCCGGCAGUUGCAGUGACAGUUGUGAGGUUUGUUGAGCAAGAUGGGGGUUUGACUGGUAAUAACUUUGUUUUACGCCAAACGCCUAACAAAAGUACAGAGGAGAACUAUAGCUUCUCCAUUGCAAAAAUGAACCGACAAAAAGAACAGGAGUUGGAUGAAAAGGCAAUGGAGGAAUUUCGAAGCAAGUGUGGUGAAACGGUGAAGUACAUUGAAAAGGGUAGUAGCAACGUUGUGGAGGAGGUAAUAGUUAUAGGAGAAAAUGGGGAUUACGAUCUCAUAAUUGUUGGAAAGGGACGAUUUCCAUCUACUAUGGUGGCACAACUAGCAGAGAGGGAAGCAGAGCAUGCAGAGUUAGGUCCCAUAGGAGACAUUCUAACAUCCUCAAUACGACACAAAAUGGUGUCAUCAGUGCUUGUUAUUCAACAGCAUGAUGUGGCAUUGACAGAGGAUUCACCAAUGUACAAGGUCAAGGUGCAUGAUGAAAACGUUGCUGAAGUUUCAUCUAACAGGCAUGAGAUCUCCAUAGCAAACGAUAAUGUAGUGUAAUUACCUAUUUUUAAUCAUUUUCUAUCAUCUUUAAUAGUAUUAAAGCAUUCUAUAUUUACCUUAUAUUUUCUGUUAAAAUUAGUCUGCACUGUCAUUGUGUUAUAUAAGAGACGAGACAUCCUAAAGUAGUACCACUAUAUCUUGCAAAAGAGAUAAAGUUCAAAACUAAAAAAGUUCCUCUCUCUCUAAUGAAGUUGUGAUUAUAAA